GACGUCACACUAAACAGGGACAGUUUUUAUUUGGACCCAAGAUAAGAAAGCGGAGUACAACACAGACGCAGUCAAAGCUGUUGGCUACGCAUUUAUUACGAACGGAAGCAACAGAGCGAACAAAUCCAGACAAGACCUUCCAGAUGGAUUUCACCCAUCCAGGAAGCUGAAGCCCACACCAGUUCAAAAACUUUUUUUUUUUAAAAUUUCUCAGUUUUGUAAUUGCUAUUGAAGAUUUCCCUUCUCCCGCACCCAGGAUCACCAUCAAACCACAUACUUGAAGUUCUCUAAAGGAUCUCUCUACACACAAGACUUCGUGAUUAUGGUUGCCUGACUGAAUGGUCACUUUGUAUUUUGCACGAGCUCCACAUUGACAAUGACCUCCAGCAUACCUACUUUGUAAAAAACCAAAAGAAAACAACCAAACACCCAUUCCAUUGACUGCUGUGGCCAUCCUUGACUUUCGGAACCAUGUCCCAUCCCCUUCAUAACCCCUAUAAUUUUGGGAUAGAAAGUUCUGCGCAGUGUCGAAAUGCGCUUAGCUCUUCUGGAGCAGCCUCUGGAACUUCUGACACUACGUUGGGAACAAUUCCUUCACUGCGUGCUUUUCCAGUGAGCUACAACCCCCCACAGAGUAGUUCUAUUUUAGAUGGAGGCAUGAAGAGAUCUACAGAAAUGUAUCUUGGUCAAGCCAGGACAGAGAUGAGACAGCAGCCUGUUAACCAGGCCCCUUGCUUUACCGGAACUCAAGAAGACAAGUUUAUUUCUUCAACUGCAACGGUUGCCUCCAGUCCAGUGUGCUCAGCAUCUCAAAGACACUCUGAUUUUAAAAGUGGGACUUGCUCCUUGGACUGGUCAAUCUAUAAGAAAGCCACUGAAAAUGAUUCUUCUAGAUUUUUUUCAUCAUCUACUUCACUGAGCUUUCAAGGCAGUGGUGAAAGAGAACAGGAUAUGCAGUCCAUUCCAGGCUUAGGUGAUUCUGACUAUCGAAUGCAAGACAAACCUGUGCUCCCUACUGAUUCCAGUUACCCAAAGUACUCUUCACAAGAAGCUUCUAACAUCCUUUUACGUUUUGGACUUGAAAAAGAUGACUUGGAAUAUCUGAUCUCCUACCCUGAAGACCAGAUAACCCCUGGCAAUCUGCCUUUUAUCUUAAGGCAAAUCCGCAUGAAGAAGGCUGAGAAUGUUAAACAUAUUGUUCAUUCAAAACCCUGUCCUGAACCUCAACCCACCCCCAGCAUGACCGUAAUGGACAGGUUCAGAAGGGAAGGGAUGCAACAGGGCGAAUUGGCACAGAUUAUCAAACCAAGUAAAGUGAUUGACUAUGGACAUACUAGCAAAUACGCUGGAGGGUUUGGCAGUGAUAUAGGAAAGAGCAGUGAAAGUAGAGCUAACAGUAGUGAGAGUGGCAGUAUGUUGCUUAUGGACACUUGUGAUGGUGACAGUUGCAAUAGAGAACCACUGCAAGAAGGUACGGCAGAGGUGAAAACAAGCACCUUGGUUUCUUCUCAUGACCAUCGGGGUACUGUUUCCACUAAGAGUUCAAUGCAGAGCUAUGAGCCUCCUCCAAGCAGGAAUCUAACUCAACGAUUGCUGACUCAGCCACACCAGGCAUCUCAAGAAAUCAUCAGCUCUUUCUCUCUGCCAAAGAAAGACACAGACUUAAGACUUCUCAAAUUCAAACCAGUUCCUUUGAAAGAACCAGAGCCAGAUUGCCAUUUGGCAUUAAAAAUCCAACCACCUCUCAGUCAUAUUGCUCGUGGUGUGCAUCAUGAUCAACCUGGGCUUGUGCUCAUCGGCAAUAAGGAUAACAGCUGCACCAAGGAUCAAAGUAAAAGUCAACAACAAGCGCCAAAGGUUGCUAAGCCCAUAAACAAUCAGAAGAUGCACCAAAGGCAGAUGCAGCAGGAGCUAAAGAAACAGGCGCAGAAGCAGCAGCAGCAGGACCAGAAGCAACCACCAGUGCAGAUGGGACAAUGCCAGUCUGCAAAACCAGCUACUCCCCUAGCACCUCAGAUAAUUCCUAAACCAGUGAACUUCGUUUAUAUGCCGCUGCCACUUUCCAGCAAGCAGUGUCGUGCAGACAGGGAGCUAUCAAAGGUUCUGCCAGCGUUGGCCAUGAUGCAAGACUAUGCUGCAGCCACACCACAAACCUUUCCACAUACCUGUUCUCUGUGUUUGCAAAAAUGUACUGGUAUGAAGGAAUGGCUCCUUCACCAGAAUACCAGCUUUCACCUUGACAACUGCAAACUUCUUCGGAAACGAUAUCCACAGUGGGAUGGUAAAGUACUGACGUACCAAAGUGCUUCAAAUACAGGAAAGAAGUCCUCGUCCUCCACCUCUGGCAAAACUUCCCAGCAUCGUCAUCAGAAAACCAGGCGUGAGAGUCAUUCCCGUUCUCGCUCACACAGCCCACGUCGCCGCCUUGGUUUGGAUGACAGAAGGCCUAAACAUGGAAGCUAUUUAUGCUCUCGCUCAAAGAGCCCUCACCAUCACUACAGCUCUGGGGAGAGAAGAGAGAAACUCAGUAGUGGAUCACAAUCGCCAAACAGCUCCAGACGUGCUCGCAGGUCCCGGUCUCGUUCCUUCUCCCCACGGAAGGACUAUCUUGCCUCCUUGCGUUAUCAAUCACAUUCAAGGAGCCGUGAAAGACGAUCCUCACCGGGAAGGAGAGAUGGGAAACAGUUACUACAAAAGAGGAGUGAUGAAAGACGAUUGCUGACAAGGAGACAAGAUGAUAAGCGUUUGCUGCUGAGCAGAAGUCAUAAGAGCUCAUCAUCAGAAAAGAGGCCUCAACAAAAGAAGUUGGACAGCAGUACAAAAAGACUUGCUAAACAGCUGCUGGAAACCACAGGUCUCCACUCUUUGUCAAAAAAGUCUGACCUGGAGGCCAUAGCUGAAACAAUUGCUCCUGUCAUACUGGCUGAGCUAGCCAAGAUGAAGUCACCAUUAACAUCAUUAUCAUCCUCUGCUUCUACAUCAUCCUCCUCCUCCUCAAAGAAGGCGAAGACCACCAAGUCAUCUGAAAGUAAACCUGGACUUCAUAAGAGUGAAGCAAGUACCUCUUCAAAGCCUAAGGCUAGUAAAUCUUUUACUUCAACAAUGGUCAAAUUACAUGGGAUUGUCAAAACUUUUUCUCAUGAAGAAGUGGUUGCUGCUGUGGAACAUUUUGGAAAAACAGAGUCCAUUGUACUGUACAGGUCCAAGCUAGAGGCAAAAGUGAAUUUCAUGAAAGAAGAAGAUGCUCAAAAACUGAAAAAGUUAAAGAGCAUCGACAUAAAAACAAUACCAGUCACUGUUGUCAGAGAACAGAACACUGUUACAAAGAAGCCUCUUCCAACCUUUACCAAAAAACAACAGAAGCUUCCACAGAAAAAAAUUGUCAAGUCAACUAAAUCCGUUUCAACUGGAAAUUCUUUUAAAAAGCCGUUGUCUUUGUCAUCUGGAGACAAAAAAAAUACAACAGGCAAACUUGUUACUAAAGCAAAAGUUUUGGUUUCCAAAGCAAAAAGUGUCUCAACAAAACCGAUAUCCAAAACCAUAAAGCAAGGCAAAGUAGCUGCAAAAGGAGCUGUAAAUGUUGUUGAAGAGAAGAAAGAUGCUUCAAAUCUUAAAGGUUGUAAUGAUUCCAAAAGUUCAGGAAAGCAGCAGGGUGAUGCCAUCUCAAAACAAAGACCUGCCCUCAAAAGAUCUGAAAGCAAUGCUAAAAACUCUGCAGUUGCAUCUAAAGAUACAGUCAAGGUGGUCCAAUUGUCAAAAAAGACUGUGAAUCCAAUUAAAGGAACUGCAAUUGUCACUCGUGCAAAGGUCUUAGUUGCCCAAGCACAAACAGCCUCAACUAUGGACAAACCUCAAAGUCAAUUACAACAAUUGGCUGCAACAGGAACUUCAACAACAUUAAAUGUGGAAGAAAUUACUGUAAAGGGCACUAAUGUUCAAUCUAAAACUUCAGAGGAUAAGCCUGGUGGAGAGACUUUAAAGCCACCAGAAAUGGAAAUAAAGUUUCAGCAGCCAACAGUGGUGAGUGAGGAGACAACCAAGGUACUUGAAACAAGAAAUGCAACAGCUUCUGAAACAAAGAACCAGGCUGAUGAAAAAGCUAAUCAGAAGGAAAAAGAGGUCAAACACACUGAACUAUUAGAGUCUGUGAAUACAAAAGUCGUAGAGCCCAUGGAAGUUGAAAGUUUUUCCGGUAGCAAAUGCUUACGAGAACCAGAGUCCUCUGAAAUAGGACAAACACCACCACAGACUUUAGGGAGCUCAGCUCAAGCUGCUUUGGAUACAAAGCAGACACCUGAAAGGAUCGAAAAGGGUCAAGAGCAGCAAAAAGGCAUGUUGGACACAGUUCAUGCCACAAAUGUUCCACCCAAACCUAAAGCUUCAGAAAAUAAGCCUAAUGAGACCUUCAAGACUCCCAAAAGUGAUACAAAUGUUCAAGAAUCUGCAGUUAUGCCGGAAGACAGAGCAAGAAAUGUGUCUGCUUCUGAAAUGAAGCAGCAGACAGAAUUAGCAAAAGCUGAGACAAAAGAGGCCAGUCAUACUGAACCACUUGAUUCUGGGAAUAAAAAAGUGACAGAGCCCACAGAACAUUUUACUGACAGAACAACUGAACUAACCGAAUCCAAUAAGGAUCAGACACCAACCAGCACAACUGAGAUUACACUAGAUGUAUCUCCAACAAAAUAUCCGAUUGAUACACCUCAUAGAACACAGACUACCAUAAAAAAAACAGAAUCCUACAAGAAUUCAAAGGUUCAAGAAUCUGGAAUAGUUCCCGAAAAGAAAACCAAGAUUCCUGAGACAAAAAAUGUAUCAGUUUCUGAAACACAGCAGCAGGCAAAAUUGUUGAAAGUUGAGACAAAAGAGCUCAAACACACUGAGGAUUGCUUUGAGGAUACAAAGGUUCAAGAUUCUGGAUCUGCCAAAAAUGAUGUGGACGAGGCAAUGGAAGUCGAACAUUUUGCUGAGAAAAAGGCCUUACUAGCCAAAUCAAGUGAGGGUCAGACACCAGCCAGUACAACCAAGACCACACCAACAAUUGAUCACCCUCAGAGACUGCAGACCAGAGCUGAGACAAAAGAGGCCAAACACAGUGAAUCACUAGAAUCUGGAAAAACAAAAGGGACAGAGUCCAUGGAAUUUGAAAGCUCUACUGAUACGACACAGACCAUUGUCAAAAACACAGAAACUUUGGAGAUUCAAAAAUCUGCAACAGUGCUUGAAAACACAACCAAGGUUCUUGAAACAAGAAAUGGAGCAGCUUCUGAAACAAAGCACCCAGUAGAAUCUACCAGUGUUGAUGUAGAUGCAAAAGAUACCAAACGUGCUGAAUCACUGGAGAUUGGAGCAUGUAAAAAGGCCCUAGCAACCAAAUCCAAGGAGAAUCAACCUUCAAUUGAUACAGCUGACACCAUACUAAAUGCAUCUCUACCCAAACCUUCGACCCCAUUAAAGACACCACUAAAGACACCACAGAAAACUAUAAAAAUGCCAUCCUCAUCACAGAUCCAACAGAGUGUGAUGCCAGAUCCAGAGUCCACAACUGCACUAGGACAAAAAACCUUGCAAAUGUCAGGAAGUUCAACUGAAGCUGCUCUGGAGGCAAAGCAGGCGGUUCAGAGUGUGAACACAGUCGCACAGCAAAAAGAUCUUGUGAUUGCUGUGACAAGUCAAAAGGACCCGUCAAAAACUGUCAGCAAUGUUUUAGCAGUGUCGACUGCAGUAGCUGCAUCUUCCAAAACUGAGCCAACAGCUGCAACAGCAGGCAAGCAACAGCAAAGUUUUAGCAACCUGACUUUUGGGGAGAAGAUAGAAAAGCUCAUGGAUAGAAAUUGCCUGAAUUGUUUCAAAAAUAAUAAAGCAUUGCCGUCAAAGGUGGUGUUGAUCACAAACCUGCCAGAAUAUGAAAAUAGCUGCUACACAGAGGUGGACGUUGCCAAUCAGCUCACCCUAUUUGAAUUUGGAUAUCUAGAAGAUGACAUCUAUGUUAUUCCUCAAAUGCGUAUGGCUUUUGCCAUUGCGCCAAGUCUGAUGAAGGCAAAAAAGCUUUUUCAAGCGUCAAAAGAGAAGAGUAUUAUUCUCAAUGGGUCCACACUUUGUUUGGAUUUUUUAAUCCACUCCUUUCCAAUGAAUCCGCUUGGGUUUUAUAGCACCCUGAUGAAUCUGGUGAAUUAUCAGCAGACAACUGAUGAUGGAUCAACAGUAAUCUACAUCAAGAAUAUCUCACCAAGUGAGGCCAAUGAUCUCAGGGAAGCUUUGGAAAAAAUCGGUUCUGUCAAAAACUACCUGCCUCUCCUCAACAAGGUUAAAAACACACCUGUUCAUACAUUUGAUUAA